GAGUGAAUAAUUUGGAAGGACAGUACAACAAAAUAGCAAUUCCCAAUGAAGAAAAUGUGGUCAUAUACUACAAAAUCCGACAGCAACUUGCGAAACUGGGUAAAGAGAUUGAAGAAUAUAUUCACAAACCAAAGUAUUGCUUGCCCUUUCUACAGCCGGGAAGACUGGUAAAGGUCAAGAAUGAAGGUGAUGACUUUGGAUGGGGAGUGGUUGUUAAUUUCUCUAAGAAAUCAAACGUUAAGCCAAAUUCUGGUGAAUUGGACCCAUUAUAUGUAGUUGAGGUGCUACUGCACUGCAGCAAAGAGAGUUUGAAAAAUUCUGCUACUGAAGCUGCAAAGCCAGCCAGACCUGACGAGAAAGGAGAGAUGCAG